AUGUCGGCGCCGCCCGAAGCCGCCGAGUCCUCGCGCGCUCGCCAGCAGCCGGAGGAGCCAUCCGACGAGUCGCCUCAGCGCUGCCGGUGGGUGGCCCUCUCUACCAUCACAGGCGGGCCGCACCGCCCCGGGGACGAGCGGCACCGCCGCAUCCUCCGCGGCCGCGACCUCCUGCUCGACCUCCACGACCCGCCGCGCGCCUCCACCCUGGUGCUGCGCGCCAACCUCACCAGCUUCUUCCCCAUCAUCCUCGUCGCCGACUCCUCCUCCGCCCGCCUCCUCGUCAAGGCCGCCUGGGGCAGCGCCCGCAUCAACCGCCCCGAGUACUUCCUCUGCGACGCCCGCUCCCGCACCGCCCAGCGCCUCCCCGCCGUGCCCUCCUCCGAGCUCGGCGGCCCCGACGCCUGCCCGCUCGGCGGCCUCGACCUCUGCCCGCGCCGCAGCAUCGGCCUCAUCGCCGACCCGGACCGCACCGGCCACUUCAUGAUCGCGCAGCUCCACCCUGCCCCCGCCACCCGCCACGGCUUCAUCCUCUUCUACUCCACCGCCACACGCCGCUGGGCCACCAAGCAGCUCGCCUCCGCCCCGGAGCACAAGCGCUGGGGCGCCCACGGCGUCCUCGCCCACGACGGGCUCCUCGCCUCCUCUGAGCGCAACAACUUCCACGGCUGGCAAAGAACCCGCGAGUUCCUCGACCAGCGCCGCUUCAUCAGGCCCAGCGAGGGCAAGCUGCGAUACGUCGAGAUCCUCGGCUUCAACUACGACACUGCCGCCGCCGCCGCGGAGCCCCCGAACGACCCCACCGUCAGGAUGUGGACGCUCGUCGACCAGGCCGGCCCCAACCCCACCAACACCUGGGAGUUGGAGUACGAGGCGCCCUUCGCCGACAUCUGGGCCCACGACAGCUACGUCGCCGCCGGCCUGCCGCCGGACAAGGUGCCCAACCUCGCCCUCGUCGACCCCGACAACCACGGCGUCGCCUACUUCUUCCACGGCACGCGGCUCUUCGGCUUGGACGUGCGCGCGAGGCGGGUCGUGGCCUGCGACGAAUGCGUCAUAGACGAUGCUCCGAUCGACAUGGUGGAUGGUGGAUACCUAUCCUCCCGCUUCGUCGAGGCCUGGGUGCCGCCCGAACCUGAUCUGACUCCGCAGAUUUUGCGUUACAACGAGGAAAAGGAGCGUAAGGUGAUCGAAUAUGUUGAAGAUUGGCUGAGCCACAUUGAGUGGACGAACCAGGACGUCGUCGGGUGA